AUGUCCGCAAAUAAGAAUAGACAAGUGGUACCACCAAUUAAUUGUAUAUUUAAUUACUUACAACAACAGACUCCUGUAAGCAUAUGGCUAUAUGAACAAGUAGGAUAUCGAAUCAGAGGUAAGAUAAGAGGGUUUGACGAAUUCAUGAAUAUUGUUAUAGACGAUGCAUGUCAAGUACCAGUAAAUAAAGAUACUGGGAAAGAAGAUAUUAAUAAAAGUGAAUCCCUAGGUAGAAUCUUACUAAAAGGUGAUAAUAUAACUUUGAUAACAUCAAUCGACGAUGAAUAA